CCCGUCAGAUUCAUCAACAACAUGGGACCCAGAAAUAAAACAGAUGUUUCAGAAUUUCUUCUCAUGAGACUGACAGAGGAUCCAGAACUGGAGACCAUACUCUUCAGCCUGUUCCUGUCCAUGUACCUGGUCACCGUUCUGGGAAACCUGCUCAUUGUCCUGGCUGUCAUCUCUGACUCCCACCUCCACACACCCAUGUAUUUCUUUCUCUCCAAUCUUUCCUUUACUGACAUCUGUUUAAGCACAACCACAAUCCCAAAGAUACUGGUAAACAUCCAAACACAGAAUCAGGGCAUCACUUAUGCAGGCUGCCUCAGCCAGAUCUGCUUUGUCCUGACUUUUGUUUGUUGGGAAAAUUUUCUCCUUGCAGUAAUGGCCUAUGACCGCUAUGUGGCCAUUUGCCAUCCACUGAGGUACAGAGUUAUCAUGAACCCCCGACUCUGUGGACUGCUGAAUCUACUCUCCUUGUUCAUUAGUAUUGUGGAUGCCUUGCUCAACAGUCUGAUGGUGUUGCGACUGUCCUUCUGCACAGACCUGGAAAUCCCCCUCUUCUUCUGUGAAGUUGUUCAGCUCAUCAAGCUUGCAUGUUCUGAUACCCUCAUCAAUAACGUUCUGAUAUAUUUUGCGGCUAAUGUAUUUGCUGGUGUUCCACUUUCUGGAAUCAUUUUCUCUUAUAUUCAAAUUGUUUCCUCUAUUUUGAGAAUGUCAUCAUUAGGGAGAAAGUAUAAAGCUUUUUCCACUUGUGGGUCUCACCUCUCAGUUGUUACCUUGUUCUAUGGGACAGCUUUUGGAGUGUAUAUUAGUUCUGCAGUGACAAACUCUUCCAGGAAGAUGGCAGUGGCUUCAAUGAUGUACACUGUGGUCACUUCUGUGAUGAAUCCCUUUAUUUACAGCCUGAGGAACAGGGACAUGAAGGGAGCCUUGAGGAAACUCAUUGGUAGAAUACCUUCUUUCCUGUGA